GACAUGCGCACUAGCGUCACGUCGAUGGUAAACCGACAACGGUUGUUAUUGUUUCUGGGGGGGGACAAAAAAGUAAAUAACGAAGUAUUUCCCGUCGUAUUAUUGAUACGGACACUGUCAUCGAACUGAGAGUACAACACCAUGGGCACCGCAUCGAGCGACCAAGCCGAAAGGGAACCUCUUCUGUCCCCGUCAAGCACGGAGACAAAUAACCUGCCAGUGUACAGCAGAGUGUAUGGGAGAAGAUGGCUGGUGUUGACAUUUUUUUCCCUUCUGGGAUUCUUGCAAGGGAUGGUGUGGAACUCAUGGGGUCCGAUCCAGAACUCAGCCAUACGUGCUUUUGGUUUCACCAAGUCCGAAAUCGCGGUCCUGGUUCUGUGGGGUCCAGUGGGCUACAUCCCCUGGCUGCUAUUCAUGUGGCUGAUGGAUAAUAAAGGUCUGCGCGUGUCCCUCCUGCUGUCAGCGUUCCUAAUGCUGCUGGGCUCUGCGCUACGCAGCGUUCCUCUGGAGGAGGAGCCACUGCGUCGAUGGUUGAUCCACGGGGGCCAGCUCCUCAACGGUCUGGCCGGCCCUACCGUCAUGAGUGCCGGGCCCCUGCUCUCCACCACCUGGUUUGCCCCAGACCAGAGGGCCACCGCUACCGCCGUGGCCACGCUCGUCCCCUACCUGGGCUCGGCCGCCUCCUUCCUCCUGGGGCCCAUGCUCGUCCCCGCCCCCAACGACUCCAUGCCGACGACCGCCCGCGGGGCGUCCGGGGGGACGCCCCACGACCUCUUCAUCCGAGACCGGAUCCAGCUGUUGAUGUACUCGGAGUUUGGUGCGGUUGCGGUGCUGUUUGGUGCGGUGCUACUGUACUUCCCCUCACGCCCGCCUAUGCCUCCCAGUGUAGCCGCGGCCAGCCAGAGACUCGGCUACAGGAGCAGCAUAAUCAGACUCCUAAGCAAUGGGCGAUUCCUGAUGAUAGCCGUGGCCUACGCCGUGCCCUUGGGGGUGGUCGCCGGCUGGUCAGGGGUGCUCGACAUGAUCCUCACGCCGGCUAAAGUAAGCCAGGUGGAUGCGGGAUGGAUCGGGUUUUGGUCCAUCGUGGGCGGCUGUGUGUUCGGGGUGGCCAUGGCCAGGUUUGCUGACUCAAUCCGCGGGAUGCUGAAGCUGAUCCUGGUGCUGAUGCUGGCGGGCGCCUCUCUGUCUGCCACCUGGUUCACACUCACCUGUCUGACCAGGCUCACCCACCUCCCCUCCACCGCAGCCACCCUGUACACCUCCUGCAUCCUGGUGGGCAUCUUCAUCAACAGCAGCGUGCCCAUGUUUUUCGAGCUCUUCAUCGAGACGGUGUACCCGGUUCCCGAGGGCAUCACGUGCGGCGUGGUAACCUUCCUGGGUAACCUUGUCAUGGGCUUGCUGCUCUUCUUCCUCACCUUCUCCUGCACAGAUCUGUCCUGGCUGAACUGGUGUCUGACGGGCUCCUGCCUCUUCAGCCUGAUGCUCAUCCUCUUCUUCAGGGAGUCGUACGACCGCCUCUACCUGGACGUCUUCGUCUCGGCCUGACCUCCGACUGACCUUCGUCUGACCUUUGCCUGACCUCUGACUGACCUUCUGACCUGGAAAAGGACAAGAAAAAGACUGACGAAUAUAAUCCCCAUUGCACAAAGUAACGAUGACAAAGGAGGGAAAAAGUGAUGUAACGGAGUGGGGGACCAGCCAAAGCCUACUGCUGAACUCUUGAGGAUGUUCUUGAGUGUAAAAACAAAGUGUAUCGACCGGCAGUGUGUGUGCUGGGUUGGAUUUCUGUACGGACGCGGUUGGCCCAGACCUGGUGGUUGAACUCCUCACAUAACGGUCGUCGUCUUCUGGAACAGCGCGCUCUGUUUUGUAAAUUGUGUCUUUGUAUGUCAACACUUAAACUGAUGCCCGAUAUUUUUUAAGAAACUGAUAAAACCGCGAAAGGGAUUUGUCAUCUGUUUACAGAUGAAAUAAUGGUUAAACUUUUAUUAAUUUUAUCGCUGCUGCUUUGUCGAGCUUCAAAGUGGCAGGAGACGGGAAAGGUUUAGCUCAUUCUCGGUACUCACUCAUUUGUCAAGUCAAUUCCCACUCUUUCCUGUUUGACCUUUUAUCGGGGAACGUCGUGAAUGACAUACUGACAUCAAAGGAAUCAUUAACAAGGAACGAAGGCUGCUGACCGGGGCCUCCUCCUCCUCAGCCAAUCAGCAGUGCCCCUGAUGUCUGCUGUUUGCAGGUCUAACAAGGGAGCUGGCGUACUUAGCACCACUCGUCAUUCAUCAGAGGCCUGGGCUGGGCGGGCCGUAAAGGGACACCGCGCUCGGGGAGAGGACCUUGUGAUCCGUCUGUCGCCUCCCACUCAGUACAGACAGACAGACAGACAGCAGCGCUUGCAUGGGACCAAUACCUGUGGAGCAACGAGUAUUAAGUACACAGAGGAGCGUUAUGUUGGACCUAACACUAUGCUAAAAAAAUUGCACAAGGAUCGUUUUUUUUCCGGAGUCCUGUGAACAAAACCAUAAUUUGUCUUUCUUUUGUGUGAUCAUUGAUGAGUUAUCGUCGAGUUGUUGUCGGCGAGUGAUUUUAUUGUGUUAUUUUUAUGUGUUUUCUUUCGUCGUAUAUUUAUGGAUGUAAUGUUUUUAUUUUUGUAGGUUUUAACGUUGUUCUAAAAAAAAAAUUCUCCCUAUUUCACUGUUCACGAUCACUAUUUAUUGCGAGGAUUGCAAAGCCGCAGACCGUCAUUAUGACCGGCUCUGUACGUUCUCCGCGACGGACCUCUGUAACGGCCCCGGCGGGUGCUUCUUAUGGUUGCCAUGGCUGCGAGGUUGCCAUUACUCAUGUUCUAAUUAUACAAUGGUUCUUGGCGUCUGCCGUUGAAGCAAACUGCCGUGAGAGAUGAAGCCAGAAGGUGAAGGAAAACAUAUUUGAACGGUUACCUCAAAUAGCAAGACUGAACUCUUGAAUGCACACACACACACACACACACACACACACACACACACACACACACACACACACACACACACACACACACACACACACACACACACACACACACACACACACACACACUCCCUGCUGCUUUGUUUACGAAGUUUCACAGGCUUCUUAACGUCGUCUUUUUGGCAUUUUUCGGAAGAUGCAAAUUUGGGUGUUGCCUCGAAAUGUGAACCCUUGUGAAUCACUGGCUGCACUUUUUUGAUGCAUAUCAAGCUCACACCUUCAUGUUUUAGACGAUAGACAGAGAGGCAAGGUUAGCCAGCAACAUGUAAAAAAUAAGAAAAAGAAAAAGCUGGCCUCUUCUCUCGUCAAGAAUCCUCUCGUGGUAGCAUUUAUUUCUGUGUUAAACUACAAGCAACCAAUCCAUGUCCUUAUCUCUUUUUUCUCUUUUUAAACCAUUGUACAGCAAAGGAGUCUCCUUUACCUUGCCUUAAUCACCCAGAACUACGUUGAUGUUGUCUUUAAAAGAGGGGGAGCAUUCAAAAAUGUCUGUGUUUCUAAGACCAUGUAUGACUGUUGAAUAUUUGCCGCACCUUAUUAAAACCAACGCUCUACGAACGAUCACGUGGUCAUUGUUCCUGUUGUUGCUGAUGUCGCUGAGGAAGACGAAGGUUGUGUCGCGCAGACGUUAUGCGGCGACCUCGCCGGGUUCCGCCAAGGCAGCAUUACCCCUGUCGUGGUUUCGUCACAUCACACCAUCUGCAGAGAUAAACAAAAGAGAGAGAGAGGGAGAGAGAAUAUGA